UAUAUAAACCUCCCGGCACGCGCUACUCUCACUCAGCUGUCCAGCGAAAGGCAUUCAUCGAUCAGCCUUAUCGAUCGAUCAGCCUAUCGAUCGAUCUUCGGCCGGCCAAUCAGAGGGCAGCAGUAGAGAAAGCAAUGCGAGUCACGUGGUGGUGCUACAGCUGCAUGUUGGUGGUGGUGGUGAGCAGAGCAGCAGCGUCAGGCAACGUCACUGCUGGGCCAUCGAUCCUCAGCCACGAAGACAUCAGCCUGCCUGGUCAUGUCAGCGUGUGGGUGCGGACCGAGGGGGCUGACGUGGAGGACCCGGGCUGCCACGUGCCCCACAUCACGGACGUGACUCAGCUUCGGCGAUGUGGAUUCAACUCCUCCGCCCGAUCCUUCCUCGUGAUCCACGGUUGGUCGAUGAUGCCACUGCUGGACACGUGGGUGGGCCCUCUGACCCAGGCUCUGCUGGCCCAACGGCCGCGCUACAACGUCCUGGUGCUGGACUGGCUGGAGUUGGCGAGCGCCCGCUACGGGGAGGCCGUCAAGAGGGCACGGAGGGUGGGAAGAGCCAUUGCUGUCAUGGUGGAGAGCGUGGAGGAGGUCACAGAUCACGGGGCUGAGCGCUGGCACCUGAUUGGCUACUCGCUGGGGGCCCACGUGGCCGGCUUCGCCGGUCAUCACGUGGGCGGUGGUCGCAUCGGCAGAAUCACAGGCCUCGACCCGGCCGGCCCAUCCUUCGAGACGUCUCCGUGGCCGGGUGGGCGUCUCUCCCGUGGCGAUGCUUCUCACGUUGAGGUGGUCCACACUCACACGGCGCUGGGCCUCGCGCCCAGCCUGGGCCUGAGCCUGGGCUCCAACCUGGGCUUUAGCAUCGGCAUCCGCGCGGCCCUGGGGCACGACGACUUCUACCCUAACGGGGGCUACACACAGCCCGGCUGUGACCUCGACAACGCCAUCGCCAGCGUGCAGAGGAUGGGCAUCGUGGGCCUAGCCGAGUCGGCCAAGUGCGAGCAUGAACGCUCCGUGCACAUCUUCACCUCGUCGCUCCUGCUGCGGCUUAGCCACCACCACCACCACGACCACGACCACGACGAGGAGGUGGAGGAGGAGGAGCUGACGAGGAGGAGGAGCAGGGGCCUGAGUAGUGGUGGAGGGGUGCUGACCGGCUUUCUGUGCUCGAGUGCCCAGGCCUUUGAUGAGGGCCGAUGCGUUAGCUGCUCCGGUAGGAGGUGUCAGGGUCUGGGGCAAAGGUCUCUGCGAUCCGCUCGCCACGUCUCCCAGAAUCCCCGCACCCUCUUCCUACGCACAACGUCCAGCGCCCCCUUCAAAGUCUACCACUAUCAGGUUCGUGUCCACCUGAGUGGCCACUGGGCCUCCGUGGGUGGCUCUGGCGAGGUGACUCCAUCGCUUCGACUGUCGCUGCACGGGAGCCUUGGGUCAGCGGUGAACCUGCCGCUCAACCUGAACGGCAGCCUGGUGGAGAACUCCACUCGCUGGUUCUUGGUGGACUCGCCCCAUGCCCUGGGCGACCUCCACCGGGUGCACCUAGCCUGGCACCGGCCACCCACCUGGACGGACCUCUGGGCCCAGCUGUACACCCUGGUGCCCUGGGAGAGCGGCUCAGGCGAGGAGGGAGGGCAGGCGGGCCGGGCCGGGCCUACCUACCUACAUCCGCAGAGACUCAUGGUGCGCAAAGUCCGGGUGAAGUCUGCGGAGACGCAGAUCAGGUACGCGUUCUGUACCCGUGACUACCUGCACGUGGAGCUGCGUCCUGAGGCCGAGGUGACUCUCCACGCCUGCCCUGAAGGAUGGGUACACAAGAGAGACGUCCUCAGGAUGAGGAGGUUGAGGAAGAGAUGAAGAUUUAGAGUGGAGCAGCGAUGGUGGUGGUGAUGGUGGUGGUGGUGAUGAUGGUGGUGAUGGUGGUGGUGAUGGUGAUGGUGGUGAUGGUGAUGUUAGUAAUGGU